GGCAACCCGGAAACCUGGCAAGCAAAAAUUAAUAUAAUCAACUUAUUUUGAUGGGAACAUGAAAUAAUGAGAUGGUAGCAAAUCGACAUUCCCCUGACCCUCUUUACUUGUCCACCAAUUCAUUUCCAUCCCCGUCCUUUGUGGCCUUUUCACUGCGUGCAACUGGAUGCGGUUCAGGGUGUGUUUCUAUCGCUGGCAGGUGAAGAAGCAGGUUGAGCAGGUUCUUCCCUGAAUGCCACUCUGUUGGGCCCUCCUCCCUCCCUCCUUCUCUUCCUUCUCUCUCCAAAUCGACUGCUGAUUCACUCUCACAUGUUGGCAGCUCACUGAAGAGAUUUUGUUGCCUGUGCACCUGUUCUCAUCUGAUAUAGCCUAAGAAUAAGAGCGACACCAAAAGGGAAAAUGAGACUUUUAAAAUUGACAGCUAGCCUCCUUCUGCUUGUCCAAGCAUUCCACCUGGCAUCAUUCCAAUAUACAACCGACUCUCCAGGGAGAACGAUCGAUAAGAGUUGGUUGCGUGCACGAGGCAAAAUUCCAGAAGGAGGUGAAAAUGCUACGGUUACUCAAGGAAAGACAGAGUAUGAGGGAGGUGAUAUGGAGUCCAGUAAUGAUUACAGUGGGACAGCAUCUGGCUCAAUGGCAGUAUAUUCGGAAGAAGAGGAAAAUGUGGUUAGACAGCAAAAGAGUGCAAAUGAAACAUUUGAGGAUCUGAAUGUCACCACUACCACCCUGUUCCCUGAAUUUCAAAAUGGUACAGUCAACAUAACCAAACUGCCACCUACUACAACCGCAGAUGGCACAAACUCAAGCCAGAUCAACACGACCGGCUUCCCAGAUUAUUCCAAUCACACCAAUUUACAGUCGACAACCCUGGCUCCAGAGAGCAACUCCACAAAAAAUUUCACAACAACACCAGGGUUAACCAACAGCACAGGCCCAACCAACACAACCACUCUCACCACCACAGCGGCACCGGAGGGAAACGGAACUUCGCCUACAGAAGUGUUUCCCCCCGAGAUCCCGAAGACGAGCCGUGCGACUACAACUGCUGCUGCUCCGAACACACCCGAGAAGGUCAACAAGACAGACAAAGCGGCGGGAUCUGCGGGCAGCUCCGACAGAGGUUUCGCACCACAUCCCCUGAUCACUAAACGGCAAGAAGCGUGGGGCGCUAUACUGGGAACAGCCGUGGCUGUGGCAUUUGUGGGGCUGGUGGCCUGGAUCAUCCUCAAGAAGAAACAACAGAAGGGUUUCAGUCACAGGAAACUGGUUGAGGAGUUUCCGUCUGAGCCAGUUCUUAGAUUAGACAACAGUGAGCCCGUGGACUUGAAGUAUGGGGCCUACUACAACCCAGCACUCCAAGGGGACACCAUCCAAAUGACCAACCUUCCAGGACGCCGCUGAAACUGCAAAAUCUUGAACUCCCUUUCUAAAAAAGUCUGCCAGUUACGAUUAUUGGCAUUCAACUUGCUGUCUAAUGUGGAUUUUUGUAAAUAAGACAGUCUGAGAGUGGCACGUGUGGAUGGGAAUUACAAAGUGAUUUAUGUAGGUCUGUCAGCCCUAGAUGAUACUUAUGUCAGAUUAUGUAUUAUGCUAAUCAGAUUUGCUAUAUUUAAAUAGGAAUCACUAAAGGCACUCCAUCGGAAGUACACCGCAAAAGCCAAAAUGAGCUUUUAGCCAUUUGUGUGUGUUGCCAAAGGGAAUCAAAUGAAGUCUUUCCUAGUGAAGAAUUUGCUUUGCAGUCAGGGAACAAUGCUAAAAAUCAAAGCUAUAAGUUUUGGCCUUACUUUUUAAACAUGUUUGUGCGACUAGUACCAACAAAAUUCACUUAAUGACAAGCAAAACAAAAACAUUAGCAUAAAAGCACAUCAGCCUAACAGAGGAAAGCAGAAUGAGGUUCCAGCUGAUGCAAAGUGUUUGGAAGAAAAAAAAAAAA